GAGGAAAGAAAGAUCAUUAAAAUUGUAAACAUGGCGACAUCAGGAGCGUCUGCUUCAACAAAACAGAUAAUUUGGAGGUCAAUAGAUUUCGAAAUAUUUGGAAAAGUUCAAGGUGUCUUCUUUAGAAGGGAUACGAGAAGGAAAGCAAAGGAUUUAGCUCUGACAGGAUGGGUACAAAACACUAACAAAGGAACAGUUAUUGGGCAAGCACAGGGACAAGAAGAUAAAAUCAGACUGAUGAAAAGUUGGUUGAAAACUAAAGGAAGCCCGAAGUCAAGGAUUGACAAGGCAGUAUUCUCGAAUGAGAAGAAUGUUGAUGAGCUAACUUUUAAAUCAUUUGACAUUAUAAGGUAGCAGGCUUGCAAAUACCCGAUUUACUUGAGUUGUAUUCAUUAUUAUUGGGCAAAGUGUCUUAAUAUUUAUUUUCUUUACAAGUCUGCAGUGAUAAAUUUGCAUGUACCUUGUACAGAGUGCUUAUAAAUGUAAUUUAAUCAGAUUGAUAACAGCUAUAAUCUGAAGUGUAUCCUAUUGUUUCAAUUGUUUAUUUUAAGAUUUAUAAAGUGUUUUGAAUUCGAAUAAAUAUAAUGGCCAUUAAUGUAAUACAUUUAUUGCUGAUGCUUCAAAUAGAUGUAUCAUUUCCUAUUUAACCAUAAAAUUUAAGGGAUGCAAAGUUCAGGAAAGUACUAAAGUAGUAUUUCAGCAUGUAAAGGCCAUAUUUAAGGCAUUUUCAUUUACAAAAUGCCUGAUUAGAGCUGUAUUUGUUGUGGGAGUCAAUCACAGACUGAAGUGAUGGUCCAUUUGUUCUCUGGAUUUCAAACAUUAUUCCUUCAAUAAGGCAAAAAAAAAUAAUGCACGACUAAAAACAGUAUUGUAAAAAAAAAGAUUGAAAAACUUCUUCCUUUUGUCCCCAAAGCAAAGAUGUUCAGUUUCUAUCAAGUCUAACUUGAUAUAUGGCUGAUUCAUGGGUGCCAACAUCUCCAGAUUAUUCUUGCCCUCUAAGGCUGUGACAAUGACUGGCAUCCCUAAAUUUCACAAUGAAAGCAUGAAAUAGAUCACCAGGAAAAUUUAAUAAAAAUUCUGUCAACAAGAUUGAGUGUCUUAAGAGAUAUACAGUCAAAAUUCUGUACAAAUUUAUUGACAUUCUCUGAUAACUCUUCAUAUCUAUAGAAGAAAUGAAACAUGGAUACUGGUUAAAAAGAAACAUAUUCCACCUUGAUACUGUGAAGGAUUUUCUUAUAUGUAAAAAAAAAGACAAAUAAUGGAAGGGACAGUGCACUCUAAUUGGAAACACAUGUAUUGAUGCAUUUUUAUGAAGUAGCAUUGCAAUCAAUAUCACAAGCUUAAUAUUAAUUACUGUAAAAAUGCAGUUGAUUGGAAAUCACCUAAAUCCAUUGUAGUUGGGGAAAAGACAACCUUUGUGUUUUGAAACAUCUUUCUGAAAGUCUCUUUCCUUGGUAUUUCAUAUCAGAAUACACUAUUACGUUAACCUUUAAAAAAAUCCAUAAUGUCAUGAGGCUUUGUUAAAACAGUAUUACACUAUUGUUUACUUACAUAUUGUACAAUAGUGCUUUUGUGUACAUUCAAUUUUAAUGGUAACUGAUUUCCCUGCAUUGCAUUAUAGGCCUAGUACUUGUUUAACACUGAAAUGAUAUUUCGUGAUUUUUUAGUUACAAUAUAAACAGUGUUUCUUUUGUUAUUGUAAUAAAUAAAUCUGUAUAUACUUGCAAACUUCUAAGGUAUUCUAAUGAUUCAUUCAGAGCUUUUGUAUUAUUUUAUAAUGACAAGUGGGUCAAAAGUGAUAUUAAACUUAAUCGUCCACAAUUAUCUUUCAUGCUGCUUUCCAAGAAAAGUGAAUAAUAGGCUUUCAUAACAUAAUGGACAAAUUGGAUUUCUCAUGACGAUCAAAAUUACAUAGUUUUGUUAACCAUUACAGUACCAGGCUAUUUUGGCUCUGUAACAAAGGUUUGCAAUCAAAUGCCAAUGACUAAUCUAGAUUCAUUGUAGCAUGCACCCUUUGUUCAUUUGACCAGAAACCAAUCAGAUUGGUUCUUUCAUUUUUUUACUUCAUCGCAUUCAUUUACAUUAUGGAGCGCUGGAUCAGUAAGAUUAUACAGUAAAUUUCCCUAAAAUCUUCCAUAAUUUAAGGUCAAGU